AUGAAUUUAAGAUAAUAUGAAAUAUCUCUUAUUCCUAUCAAUCUCAAAGCUUUGUCUAGCUUUACAAACUGGAUUUGUGUAGGAUAAUUAAUAGAGGAAGCAAUGCUUGUAGGAUUAAUUGAGUAUCAUAUUAAAGUCAACUAAGUUUAGAUAAUCUAAUCAUAAUUAUUUGGGUCUAAUUAAUAGAAUUAGGCGAUGUAAAAAAUUAAUACCUUACUCAAUAAUUCUAAAAACAAACCCAAUAGAUUUAAAUCAUUUAUAGAGGAAGUCAAAAUUCAAGAUCCAUAUGGUAUAUGGUUUAAGGAUGCCAUUAAAUCAUACUUUCGAUAUAACUACAAAUCUUGUCCUUCAGAUUAGUUUAAGUUUUUAUGCGACACUUUUAAAGUCUAGUUUGUGGUAUUUGAAUAACCAAAUUCAAAUUCACAAUUAUUAUAUGGUAUUGAAACUAAUGGAGGAAUUAAUAAAAUCAUUUUAUACAAAUAUCACGAACAAUAUUACCUUAUCUUGACACUAUUUGAAAAGAAAUGUCAUUUAUGCAAAACUAAAAUCAAUUUAAUUGAUAUAAAAUGCCAACAUUAAAUAUGUUUUAAUUGUAUUUAGAAGCAAUUUGAACAAUCAAAAUCAGUAUAAUAUAUUACAUGUAAUUUCCAAGGAUGUAGAGAAUUUAUAUUUAAAUCAUUCUAUUUGGAUCUCUAAAAAGAAUAUUAAAAAAGUUUUUUUUUAAGAAUACUAUUUAAGAAUAUUAAGGAUAAAAAGAGAUCUGAAGCAAAAGUUCUACUAUAGACAUGA